AGUAGAUAGAGUAUAAGCCGUCAGUCUGUUACUGGCAAACGAAUAAAUUAUUUACCUUAGUAUUAGAUCGAAAAAGGAUAUUGAAAAAUUCAUUCUGCAAUGGUUGAUCGUGGCAAUAAUUUGGUACUCCCAGUGGGUCCAUGCAUAACCGAACUUACGGAAUCUCAAGCCAGCUUUGCUCCACCCAAAAUUAAGAAAGUGCUGCCCACUCGGGAGAAUCGCAUGGAGCAGUUUCUAUGGCAGGAACUCUUUGCGGAGUACAACCGACAGGCCUCCGCCCAAGUGGAUUUGGGUGAGGAUCGCACGGAGUACUACGACCAGUUCUGCAAGGAUGUGCCACCAAAAAACGAGGAGACUGAGGAAGUUCUGGUCAACAAGUAUCCACUCUACUGCACCACUGCCGUCACCGUGUGGAAUCACGAAGGAGAUUUCACCAAAACUUUUAAAAGAAAAUAUUCUAUAACCAGACCUAUUGAUCAGUGUACGGAAAAGUUUGCACUUUAAAUUUUAUUUGUAACUGUUUGAAAAAGAAUAGUGCUCACAAUAAAUUAUUUAUCUUUGUUCUUUUAUGGUAAA